UUAGAAAGAGGGGGGAUGGACCAUGAUGGAUGGGGGACGGACAAGAGCAUCCCAAAGAACGAAAGAAAGAAAGAUAGAAAGAAAAUCAUCAUCCCCACCGUCUUCUUCUCCGGUGCAUCGUGUCUUGUCUUGUGCGUUCGUCUACAAUCUCUCCCUCUCCCUCUACAUCGUCAUCGUUCUUUACGUUAUUGUUGGAAACCUCCAGAGAUAUUACGUAAGAUCAUCAAAGGCAGGACUCGAGGGAGAUCAAUUGCUCAAAGUUUCCAUCUUCUGCCUAUUAUUCAUAUAAUUCCGAGGACAAUGUUUGGAGGCAACAAUGUCAACCCAUUGUUUCCUGUUUUCUUGGAGGACAAUAAUCAGUUCCCAUAUGAUUCCAACACAUCUACACAACUUCAGUUGUUUGCAAAUACUUUCAACCAACCUAUCAAAAGUAGGGAGGCAGAGGAUUUUGCAAGAGCUCACAAGCUCCAGAUCUCCUUAAGCAGUCCAGUUCAAGAUGAGGUUGAUCUUUCAGCAAGUAUUCCAAACCCAAAUGUUGUGUCAACCGGGCUAAGACUGUCACUGGAUGAUGAUGAACACAACUCUUCUGUAACCACUGCCAGUGGAAGCAUGCCUUCAGUUCCCAUCAUUAUGUCUCUUGGUGACAAUUUAAGAAUUGAGAUUGAUCGUCAAAGGGAAGAGUUUGACCAUUACAUCAGAAUUCAGGAGGAACACAUUGCUAAAGAGGUGAAAGAAAUAAAGCAAAGGCAUAUGGCUUCUUUCCUUGGAACAAUUGAAAAGGAGGUGGGCAAAAAGCUCCGCGAGAAAGAGGUUGAGAUAGAGAGUAUGAACAGGAAGAACAGGGAACUUGUGGAACGGAUUAAGCAGGUGGCUGUGGAAGCCCAGUCUUGGCACUACAGGGCUCAAUAUAAUGAGUCUGUGGUGAAUGUGUUGAAGAAUAACCUCAAAGAAGCCCUAGCUCAGGGGGCAGAUCAAGUCAAGGAAGGGUGCGGGGACAGUGAAGUGGAUGAUGCAGCCUCUACCUAUAACCCCAGUCAUGUUCACGGCCGUGGCCUUACUGGGGUUAUGCCUCUAGUAAGAUUUCUUGGUAAUAAGGGAUCAAGCAGUGGCGAACAGAUGACAUGCAAAGCUUGCAAGACUAGGGAAGUCUCCAUGCUUCUGCUGCCAUGCAGGCAUCUUUGUCUGUGCCUGGAGUGCGAGGGGUUCAUUGAUGUCUGUCCUGUUUGCCAGUCCAUGAAAAACGCUAGCGUCCAGGUGUACAUGCCCUAACAAGUGAAGAAAAAAGAACCACCAAAUUGUUUUCUGGGAGUACCUCACCUGAUAACCCCUCUUCGCCUGCAUGUUCCUGCUUGUCCAGUCUCUAAUCUUUGUGGUUUCUGUACACCUUGGGAGUGAUUGCAUCAUCAAUGGUAGAUAAAAGUCAGCACUGGGAGUUCAAAACUGGUGCUGUGAAAAUGUUGCCAUUGUUGUUGAAGAUGAUGGAUACCAUGUUUGAUAAAUUUGGCCCUUGAAAUUGUACUUAAAUUAGCAUAUGUUAUCAAUUUAUAUUCCCUGGUUUAACUCAGGAAGACAGGAUUGAAGGACUACGGGCCUAAAACUUUUCCUGAUUUUAUGCUUG